AUGGACGACCUGCUUGGGCCGCCGAGCACUGGGCAGCAAUAUGGCCAACAGCAGUAUGUGCCGGGUAGCGAGUACUACACUCCACCUCCUGCACCAGACCCAGGUGCCGGAGAUGAGGGGCUUAAUGUCUUUGCGCAAGGACAUUCAUGGGCAGCCUUUGCAACUGUCUUAGCGUUGGGGCCCCUCCGAUGCAAACGGCUUGUGCUACUUAAGAAGCGGCGAAUUCAAGCUGCUCUGCUGUCGCUGUUACCCGGUUACCCAAAUUUUCAGGCUGGCACGAUGCAGCCCGACCGAUCGCCCAAGGCCCAAAGAAAGCCAUUCGAUGCAAGUUCCAGACCGAUAUUGGAUCCGUGGCUGCCACUGGCGGCGUUGGCUGAAGAGUUGGCUGAAACCCCGGAACCUGAGGUAUCACCUCCAAUCACGUCAGCCACCGAAGCGCUCGGAACCGAGAACCACUCGUUCUACGGAAUUAGUUGGAUGAGUUCUUGA